AGCCGCGGGCCACCGGCCGGCCCCGCGCCGCAUCUGUAUGCGCCCCGCGGCCCGGCCCAGGCGCCGCCCCCGCCCCCGCCGCGCGGCCGGGCUGGCCGGGGAGGGUCGGCGCCGGGCGCUCCUCUCCCGCGCGCCUCCGCAGGCGGAGCCUCCUUCCCCCGCCCCCUCGUCUCGCUGCCUUGUUCUCGCCGGGGCCGCUCAGACCCGCAGCGGAGCCGCGGCGCCCGCUCAUCGGCUCGGGGCUGCGCCCCGGGACCCGGCGGCGGGGCGGGCGCGCCGCGGCACUGCCAGGUGUGGCUCCAUGGGGUAACCUGGAUGCAUCGACCCCCUCCGCCCCAGCCCGCUCAUGCCUCAGUGUCCGGGUGCAGUGAACAGAGCCCUGGCUGGAGCCCAACCAUGUGGGGCCUGGUGAGGCUCCUGCUGGCCUGGCUGGGUGGCUGGGGCUGCAUGGGGCGCCUGGCAGCCCCUGCCCGGGCCUGGGCAGGGUCCAGGGGCUCCCCGGGACCAGCACUGCUGCGGACCCGACGGAGCUGGGUGUGGAACCAGUUCUUCGUCAUUGAGGAGUAUGCUGGCCCGGAGCCUGUCCUUAUUGGCAAGCUGCACUCCGACGUGGACCGGGGAGAGGGCCGCACCAAGUACCUGCUGACCGGCGAAGGGGCGGGCACCGUGUUUGUAAUCGAUGAGGCCACGGGCAACAUCCAUGUCACCAAGAGCCUGGACCGGGAGGAGAAGGCCCAGUACGUGCUUCUAGCUCAAGCUGUGGACAGGGCCUCCAACCGGCCCCUGGAACCCCCCUCAGAGUUCAUCAUCAAGGUGCAGGACAUCAAUGACAACCCCCCCAUCUUCCCGCUGGGACCCUAUCACGCCACCGUGCCCGAGAUGUCCAACGUGGGGACAUCAGUGAUCCAGGUGACCGCUCACGACGCCGAUGACCCCAGCUAUGGGAACAGUGCCAAGCUCGUGUACACGGUGCUGGACGGGCUCCCUUUCUUCUCAGUGGACCCCCAGACGGGAGUGGUGCGAACGGCCAUCCCCAACAUGGACCGCGAGACGCAGGAGGAGUUCUUGGUGGUGAUCCAGGCCAAGGACAUGGGCGGCCACAUGGGGGGGCUGUCGGGCAGCACUACAGUGACCGUCACCCUCAGCGAUGUCAACGACAACCCCCCCAAGUUCCCUCAGAGCCUCUACCAGUUCUCCGUCGUGGAGACGGCUGGGCCGGGCACCCUGGUGGGCCGGCUGCGGGCCCAGGACCCGGACCUGGGGGACAACGCCCUCAUGGCCUACAGCAUCCUGGACGGGGAGGGCUCGGAGGCCUUCAGCAUCAGCGCAGACGCUCAGGGUCGUGACGGGCUCCUCACUGUUCGAAAGCCCCUGGACUUCGAGAGCCGCCGCUCCUAUUCCUUCCGCGUGGAGGCCACCAACACGCUCAUUGACCCAGCCUACCUGCGGCGCGGGCCCUUCAAGGACGUGGCCUCGGUGCGCGUGACUGUGCAGGACGCCCCCGAGCCACCGGCCUUCACCCAGGCUGCCUACCACCUGGCAGUGCCCGAGAACCAGGCCCCCGGGACCCUGGUGGGCCAGGUCUCGGCCGCUGACCUGGACUCCCCGGCCAGCCCCAUCAGGUACUCCAUCCUCCCCCACUCGGACCCAGAGCGCUGCUUCUCCAUCGAGCCCGACGACGGCAGCAUCCGCACCGUGGUGCCCCUGGACCGCGAGGCACGUGUCUGGCACAAUCUCACGGUGCUGGCCACGGAGCUUGACAGCUCCGCGCAAGCCUCCCACGUGCAAGUGACCAUCCAGACCCUGGACGAGAAUGACAACGCUCCCCAGCUGGCUGAGCCCUACGAUACCUUCGUGUGUGACUCUGCGGCCCCCGGCCAGCUCAUCCAAGUCAUCCGGGCCCUGGACAGAGACGAAGCCGGCAACAGCAGUCGCGUGUCCCUGCAGGGGCCUAUGGGGCCUGACGCCAACUUCACUGUCCGGGACAACCGAGACGGCUCCGCCAGCCUGCUGCUGCCCCCCCGCCCUGCACCCCCCCGUCAGGCCCCCUAUCUGGUCCCUGUGGAGCUGUGGGACUGGGGGCAGCCCGCCCUGAGCAGCACAGCCACCGUGACCGUCAGUGUCUGCCGCUGCCGGCCUGAUGGCUCUGUGGCCUCCUGCCGGCCUGAAGCUCAGCUCUCGCCUGCCGGGCUCAGCACUGGGGCCCUGCUGGCCAUUGUCACCUGCAUUGGCACCCUGCUCGCGCUCGUGGUGCUCUUCGUGGCCCUGCGGCGGCAGAAGCAGGAGGCGCUGAUGGUGCUGGAGGAGGAGGACGUGCGCGAGAACAUCAUCACCUACGACGACGAGGGCGGCGGCGAGGAGGACACGGAGGCCUUCGACAUCAGCGCCCUGCAGAACCCCGACGGCGCGGCCCCGGGACCCGGGCCGCCGCCCGCGCGCCGCGACGUGCUGCCCCGCGCGCGCGCCCCGCGCCAGCCGCGCCCGCCGGGACCCGCCGACGUGGCGCAGCUGCUGGCGCUGCGGCUGCGCGAGGCCGACGAGGACCCCAGCGUGCCGCCCUACGACUCGGUGCAGGUGUACGGCUACGAGGGCCGCGGCUCCUCCUGCGGCUCGCUCAGCUCCCUGGGCUCGGGCAGCGAGGCCGGCGGCGCGCCCGGCCCCGCGGAGCCGCUCGACGACUGGGGGCCCCUCUUCCGCACCCUGGCCGAGCUCUACGGGGCCAAGGAGCCCCCCGCGCCCUGAGAGCCGCCGCCGCAUACGCCCCCGCGGAGGGAGGGCGCC